CCGAGUCACCCAUCGUUUGGGAUUCCGAUCGAUGUCGAUCUCCCGCCCUGUCUAUGGAAGUCGUUGAUGUUGGUUCUAGCGUGCGCCCAAGGCCCCGACCCGUGCUUCCCGUGCUUUUGCUGCUACCGUGUGGGGAAACGAGAGAGAUCCGGAAGCGAUCAUUUUUUCACUAAAACUUUCCCUAAACCAGCACACAACCACGGGCCUUCUAGAUUGAGUAUGGGGCGAAUACUCCCAUCUCGAAUGGGGCUGGUCGUUUUGUCUUUUGUCUUUGAGGUGACUUUUUCCGUGCGUAUUGUUGAUUUACUGCGAUAUUCACUCGCAUUUCCACAUCACGAAAGGCUAGCUCCCCGUUUCAUGAAAUCGCAAUCCACCAAAACUCAUCCACCGCCCCUCCAUCCGCAGGCGGAUCGAGUACGAGUCUACGAUCCGCACGACGUUCUGGCUCGUUCCCCCUCUCACCCACAUCGCGGACACGCCCCGUACGCUUCGUCGCAACGUCGAACUCAGGCGGAUGGCUACGUCAUCAACGGUACCUAUGCAAAUAAAAACGGCAUGCGUCAAGCACCUCCUCCACCGCCUGCUUCUGCCCCAGAGCCGUCUUGUGGAGGAGGUACAGCAAGUGUCUUGUCGGGAUUCCAGGUGGACUAUACGCGGGUGUCUCCGAGGAAGACGGUGAGGCGGCCAAGGGUUGUUUUAGAGGAGGAGGAGGAAUUCCGAGGUGGAGUCGAGAAUGAAGCAGUGGGAGAUGAUCUGGACGCCACUUCCUUGUCCCAGUCAGAGAAGAAAACAUUGAUCCUGCGCAAAGGAGCGGAUAGCCAAGGGAUGGACAGUGAGCGAGUGGGGGAAGUACGUCCUCCUCCGCCAGAGGCGUAUAUCGUGUUAAGGCCGCAUCGGGUGCCGAGGGUUGCAGAUUUUGGUGGGGAUGUGAGUGGCGUGGGAACGGGAGUGGGAACGGCAGUGGGAGUGGGAAAGGGGACGGGGAAGGGGACGGGAAAGGGGACGAAAGGAAAAGGGAAAUAUGGUAAAUCGAUAGGGACGGGAGCCAGGAAGGGAAAUGUUGAUGUAGGCUGGGAUGAUGGGAUACCAGGGGAUAUCCCGACGUUUGAAAAAUGGUCGUAUGAGCUUGAGAUACUGCAGAGUCCUACAAGAGGUAGAGCAUUGGGUCUACAUCCUCUAUCUCGCGGUUUUCCAUCGCUUUCUGCGCCAUUGAUUGUCCGGCUCAUUGUACGUGAUGGAUCAGGGGGGAUCAUCCCCGCCGACAAUUCGACACUAAGCAGACGACUCGUCCACACUGUCAUCAUGGUCGACCUCGUUUCGGCUGAUGGCAAGCAGUCGAGGGGGGUUGUACGGGUUUGUGAGCGGUCCGGCGUGUCGGCGGGGUUGAGCGGCGGGGAGGGAGAGACGACGCGGGUUACUUGCCACCUGCGGAAUUUCCUGGGUGGGACGUUUCGUUCGUCGAGCACGUUUUCGAUACCGACGAUAUCUACUACCCGCACGCGACCAUCUCGUGAUACGCAAGAUCGUGAUGCGCAAGAAAAGGGGAAAGGAAACUUUUUCAUCUUUUCAGAGAUGGUGGUACGUACACCUGGAGAGUAUGCGUUGAUUGUCAAGCUUUUGGAUAUGGCGGGACCGCCGCAUUUGGGUACUUCGAUAGGCGUUACGUGCGCGCUUGCAGAGGUGCUGACGAAACCGUUUACUGUCUUCCACUCGAGUAAAUUCCCAGGGAGUGUACCCGCCACGGAGCUUUCGGUAGAGUUUGCCAAGCAGGGUGAACGGAAUCUCGGGCAGAGGAAAGUAAGGGAUGCGAUUGCUGGGUCGAGCGAGGAGGAAGAGGGGAUGUAAAGAUUGAUCAAUUGACAAUGCAGAGUUUG